AUGCACAUGCUUGGACCGUCGUCCGCAUCCGACACAAUGUACGCUUUGGGAGUCGCCGCGCUCUUGGCCACUUGCGCAUUUGCGGCACCCGCCCUCAGCGGCCUUACAAUCCCCCGUGCCCUUCCCUCUGGCGACGUGACUUGCGGGCGCAACGUCUACACCGUUUCCCAGGUCAGCAGCGCGACUAGCGCCGGCUUUGCCCAUCGCAACAGUCCGAUUGGAUCUGAUUCUUACCCUCAUCAAUUUUUCAACGACGAAGGGCUGCGGCUGUUCUGUUCGGGUAGUUCCUGGCUCGAGUGGCCAAUCAUCGAAGGCGGAACCUACAGCGGGGGUUCUCCCGGUGCCGAUCGAGUAGUGUUCAACACAGCUGGAACGUAUUGCGCGGUAAUUACACACACCGGUGCUUCGUCCACGAAUGGGUUUGUGUCCUGUGAGAAUGACUGA